AUGGUUAACGAAAAUGCUUUCUCAACUUUAAAGACUGAUGUCUGUAUUACUUCUAGUGGCUGUUCACCUGAAACUAAUAACAGUCAUGAAAACGUUAAUCAACCAACCAUGGACCUUGACCUUGACCCUCCAGUGUCCGAAAUAAAUAAUCACUCAAAGGAAUCAAUUGAAGCAGUACAGCUCUCAAUUUCUGUUACCAAAGAACGAGCAGCUACCCCAAUCACUCAAGCGACCAAUGAUAACAGCAAUAUAGAACCAAAUGUUGGCAAAUCUUUCGUCUUAGCACCUCCACACGGUAAGCACCGUUGAUUGAAACACUAAACCAGGCUAAUCAAACUUCGUUCUGCAACACUAAAAGUAGAAGUAGUAGUGUUUUUAAAAACCGCGACACCGAGUAUUAUAAAGGUUGUCAGACAAAUUCAAAGCCUUUAACUUCACCAAGGCAUAAUAAUAUACGUAAUUCCCCUGGUCGACGCCCUUUUUUAAAACGUCAGAACAUCAAACCACCAUCAUAUCGAACAUCUCAUCGUCAUCACUCACUAGAGUGGUUGAUCCAUCUGGAUGUGGUGUACCGCAUGACGAGACAAUGAGAAUACCAGUCAGAAUCACCUCGCGCUACCCUACACAGAAUAUGACUCAAAUUGGACCAAAUUUUUCGAACCUAGUAAAUAUUCAAAUUGUAAACUCUAGGGAAAAGACCCUAACUGCGAUAACAAAAGAACACGUUCCAAAACCGCUUUCGGAUAUGCAAAGAUUGAAACUUAGAAUUGCCCACCUAAAUGUUCGCUCAAUUAAGAAUAGGAAUCACCUUAUACAGGUUCGAGAACUUAUGAAGGAAAAGAACUAUGAUAUUUUAGCCUUGUCAGAGUCGUGGUUAAACUCCACGGUGACAAACGCGGAAGUAGAAAUCGAGGGCUUUAAACUAACAAGAUUAGACCGUUUGGGCAAGACUGGAGGGGGUGUUUGUGUCUAUUCUAAGUCAAAUGUCUCAAUUACUUAA